CCGCUAGGGUAGUCAUUAUCUGGUUAUAUGUCGAAUCGUAUUUCGCCCGACAUUGAGGAUCUCGAUACAGAGAGAUAUAUGGCAUCUCGACAAGGGUUGGAAAUGAAGAAUUCCCAUCAUCAGCAGGAGCAAGCGACGAUAAUCGGAGGUACUUGCAUAAUGGAUGAGGAGCAACGUCACCAACCAGGAAACAGGGAAAUUGUUUUCGGAGCUGAUGACCGUGCAGUGGAAGGGCUCGGAUGCUGCGGAUGGAUUUUAACGAUAAUCUCAUGGUUGAUGGUUGGGUUGACCUUCCCAUUCUCAUUAUGCGUCUGCCUCAAGGUCGUCCAGGAGUAUGAACGAGCUGUCAUUUUCAGACUCGGUCGCCUGCUGUCUGGUGGAGCUAAGGGACCCGGUAUAUUCUUUGUACUACCUUGUAUAGAGAAUUACACAAAAAUCGACUUGCGUACCGUCUCGUUUGACGUACCACCUCAAGAGGUCCUGACCAAAGACAGCGUGACUGUCUCCGUUGAUGCCGUUGUCUACUAUCGUGUAAACAACGCCACCGUUUCCGUCGCAAAUGUCGAGGAUGCGCACCACUCCACGCGGCUGCUCGCACAAACCACUCUCCGUAAUGUCCUCGGUACCAAGAACUUGGCUGAGAUUCUUUCCGAGAGGGAGACUAUUAGCAAUGCCAUGCAGAGUAAUCUUGACGAGGCUACUGACUCGUGGGGCAUUCUGGUCGAGCGUGUUGAAAUCAAAGAUGUACGUCUCCCCGUCCAGCUCCAGAGAGCUAUGGCUGCAGAAGCCGAGGCAGCUCGCGAAGCCCGUGCCAAGGUCAUUGCGGCUGAGGGUGAACAAAAAGCCUCCCGGGCAUUGAAGGAAGCGGCUGACGUCAUCAACGAAUCCCCUGCCGCCCUGCAGCUCCGAUAUCUGCAGACGUUGAACACGAUUUCAGCCGAGAAAAACUCCACGAUCAUCUUCCCGCUACCGAUUGACUUCCUGCAGACGUUCAUGAAGCGAUAAAUAGGACAGAGAAGUGGAAUCAUUUCAGGACAAACGUUGGAAGGAUGAUUUGCAUCAAGGGCUUGGUUCUUCAAAAUGACGUGUUAUUUACUUAUCAUUGAAAUAGAGAACAGUAUUUAACUAGUUUUGAACCACCAGGCCCUGUUCAUCGUAACUUGAUAUAACUUUUUGUGUUUUCUCUGUGUACUUCUGUACAGGCAUUUGGUAUCAAGUUCAGGUGAUCGGAAUGUUUAUGCAUCAAAGCCCCGAUGAGUUGUAGAAACAGGAGGAUGACAGUUCCUGAUAGGGUUUGCAUUAGGCAGUUUACUUAUUGUCCAAGGACAAAUAUAUAGAUUAAAAUGAUAUCAUUUAUAGCGGCAAUUCUCUUGUAUAGAUUCAUGAUUCCAAACAGGAUAAUGGCUAACAAUAACUAUUUCCCACCCUUCCCCAUAGUUUCAUGUUGCGUCCUGAGGUGUGUUGAAUCGGAAUUACACGUACUAAAAUGAGGUGUACUGAAUGAAUAUAAAAGAGCUUUAAUUUGACUGCUUGCUUCGAAAUUCUCUUCAUCUGCUGUUCCAGACGGUUUACCUUUAAAUUUGGUGUCUGUUUACAAAUCGAAAAUGCAUUGAGGUUCUAUAAAGGCAAGCUAUUUUAAGGUUAUUGACACCAAAACUUUCUCCUGUUGACGUUAAGUUUUCCAAAAUAAGUUUGCAUGAAUGAAGUUCAAAGACAUUUUUAUAUUGCAGGAGAAGUUUGGUAUGUUUCCUUGACCAUAGAUAGAACCACUUACCUAUUGAAAUGAACUUGUUUUAAAAAUGGUUGAACGGCCAGUUAGAUUUAACUUUUGGGAUCAAACUUGGGGAUAACUGACGAAAAAUUUGUAAAUGUGGAAGGAUUGAUUCUUUGCGGGGUCUAUUUUUUACAACUUUUGUAAAUGUGAAACAGUUUUUGUGGUUUAAAUACUUCUUGUUGUAUGUAUGAUAAAUGUUGGUAAUUUUGAAGAGGAUCGUUGGCAGACACUGCCAUAUAUUUCGGUUGUUUGAAUAUACCAGAAGACAGAAUAUCAGUUGGCUGCAAUAGGCCUUUUUGUGUUCAUCGUGUAGGCCUAUGCCCCUACCCGCAGGCUGAGAUAAUACAUGUACCACCAUUUGAAUAUCUAUCGGGGUGGAGGGAACCAGCUGUCAGCAGAACUAUCUGUCAUAUUGUCUGUCGUUGGUCGCUGUAAAUUGCUUCUUGUGGCUCUUAUCCAUCCAUUACUACUCAAGUCAUUUUAUGAAAUCCUAUCUAGUCAUAUUGAAGAAUUGAAAAUAUUGAUCAGUAUGCAUUUUAUUUUCCCAAACGUUGCAAAGUUUAUAGAUGUGUUCAACAAAGUUUGUUUGAGCGCUGACCAGUCAUCGCGCACCUUAUGCCAGAAGUAACUUUAUCGUGGGUUAGGUCUUCUGACGUAUUCUGAGAGUGCGCAUUUGUCUUACUUGGACUCUGGUUCGUCUUUGUGGAACUUAUCAAGCUAGUCAGAAAAUAAAAAAUGACCGUCAUUUUCUGUUUCGAAGGAAGUUCAUGUGGGGAGGCCAUCGACAUCCUGUCUCCUUGCAACCUUUCUGUCAAAAGUGCCUAACAGGUUUUCCUCGACUUUACGUCACAUCACAAUAUCAAUUUCGUCUAGUUGAGCUAUAAACCACAAUUGUCUCAAAAUAUCAGUUCUACAUUUUGAUUGUAUAUCUGAAGAAAAAGAUAAUAUCUUAUUUUGACUGAUGGAUGCUAUCAUAAUAUAAAUGCAUGUACAUGUAUAGCCGGUGUGAUAUACUUUCUAUAGUUUAUUUUGCUAUUUUGACAGUAAGGACUUAUAAACAGUUAGUCAAGGUUUGUGAUAAGAAAGUUUAGACUGGAUCUUUUGUCUUUAUUCAGUCAUUUCUCACACAUGCAGUUCAUGACUGUGCUGUGGUUUAUUAAUAGAAGUCAGUAAAAAAUUGAAUUGAAAGCAAAACUGCCAAGAAUUAAAUUACAUUUGUACGCCCAUUAGCUGUUGAUGAAUUUCAAUUGAAAUUAGCCGAUGGACAUAAUCUAUCAGCAGUAUCUUUUUAUCCCAGUGGAUUAAUUAAUUCGCUACUGUCUAUAUAAGUUUGUUGUGUCUUAUAGUCCUCCAAUGACAUGUAAAUUCUCUGUGUGUCUUACUAUACCAAGAUGAACUCUAUGUAGUCUUAAUCGGUACAUAAAAUUACUUGAAAUGAGCCAAAAUUGUGGCCAGACCACAGUGUGAAACAUUUUUCGAUGAAUGAUCUUUAUACUGUAUAUAUUGGUACAAAUAUAAUUUGUAUCUGGCUAUUUUUGUACCAAAUGUAGUCUCAGAAAUGCUGUAAAUAAGCUCUAGUUGUCUCUUUAUGUUCUUCAAAUGAUCAAGGUGUGUCCAUUGCAUCAUCUCUUAUUAUAGUCACUAAAAUGGCGAAAGCCUAAUAGAGCAGGGUCCAGUUCCACCUCCACAAUUAGUGUAUGAAGUUCUCUGUCAACGCUGUAAAGGAAAGAGGCUACCUGAAAAUAAGGCUGUGCCUGAGACAAAUUUGGCUGCAAAAAGAUUUGUUGUGCUGGCACUGUACGCUCCGUUCUGUACCAUCAGAGUUAAUCGGUCCGGUGUAACGGAGUCCGGGUCGGCGGAGUGGAUCCAAGGCUUGGUCAAGAUGUGUAUGCCCUUAUUGAUGAGAAAAACCAAUGACAUUGCAACAAAUAUUCUUAGAAAACUAAUCGUUUGGUAAAUUGACAACAUAUUCUGUUCAAUAGCUAUUGUGAAGUAAGUUAUAGUUUAAAGAAUAAAAGUUACUCUGUCUUAAUGAUAAA